AUGGCAACAGCAACACAACAAGCUCCUCCAGCUGUCAAAGAGACAUUCCAUUUCAUCAACAAGCCAGAAGCAGAUGCCAUCAAUGAAGCAUUAGCAGGCUUGACCCACAUCCAUCCAAAUCUAUCCUACAACCCACCCUACAAGAUCCUUUACCGUUCCGACCUAGCUAGCUUCCGCAACAAAUAUGUAACAACAAUCGGCUUCAGCGGAGGUGGCCAUGAACCCAUGUUCGGCGGCUUCGUGGGACCCAACUACCUUUCCGCCUACGUGAGCGGCAACAUCUUCGCCUCGCCAACCGCAGCUCAAAUCUACGAGGCUAUCAGGAUGUGCCAGCCCACGGAUGGAUCAGAGAGCAAAGGCACACUGGUCGUGUGCGGCAACUACACCGGUGAUAUUCUGAAUGCUGGGUUGGCAAUUACAAGAGCACAGGCUAGUGGUUACAAAGUCAGAUUCGUUCCUGUAGGCGAUGAUGUCGCGGUCGGUAGGAAGAAGGGUGGAAAGGUCGGUCGUAGAGGCUUGAGUGGUCAUCUCAUGGCGCUGAAGAGUGCUUGUGCGCUCGCUGCCAAAGGAGAGACUCUGGAACGUGUGACUGAAGUUAUGGAGUAUGUCGCUGCCAACGUCGGUACCGUGGGGGUUGCCUUUGAUCGUGUGGCAUUGCCAAACGCUACGCUCACCGACCUGCAAUCCCUACCACCAGCGACCAUCGAACUCGGCAUGGGAGCACACGGCGAGCCCGGUCUGCGACAACUCAACCCUGUUCCUUCGCCGGAGUCCCUCACAGCCCAAAUGCUUGACCUACUCCUUGAUAUUUCCGACAAGGAUCGAGCCUUCAUCCCUUUCUCCUCCUCCACCUCGCCCGAGAAGGACAAUGAAGUCGUGAUUCUACUCAACUCUCUCGGCAGCACUAGUGAUGAAGUGCUCGCUCGCUUCGCAGAGAUUGCAAUUGCAGAUCUAAAGACACGAGGAUUCACGGUCAAGAGAGUCACAUUGGGUCCGUUGGUCACCAGUCUGAAGAUGAGCGGAUUUGGUAUUACGGUCUGGCGAUUGCCGCCUGUGAGUGGAGAAACGAUGAGUCGCUCCGAGGCGUUGGAGCUGUGGGAUACGAAAGUUGAUGUUGCUGCUUGGAGACAGUAG